GCGGAGCAGCAGGCAGCGGGCCCCCGGGCGGAGCAGCAGGCAGCGGGCCCCCGGGCGGAGGAGCAGCAGGCACCGGGCCCCCGGGCGGAGCAGCAGGCACCGGGCCCCCGGGCGGAGCAGCAGGCACCGGGCCCCCAGGAGGGGCGACAGGCACCGGUCCCCCAGGAGGGGCGAGAGGCAUCGGGCCCCCAGGAGGAGCGAGAGGCAUCGGGCCCCCAGGCGGGGGGCGGCGGGCACCGGACCCCCAGGCGGAGCGACAGGUCUCGGGCCCCCAGGCGGAGCGACAGGUCUCUGGCCCCCAGGCGGAGCGACGGGGCCGGACCCCCAGGCGGAGCGACG